AUGUGCCUGCUCACCUUGGUCGGCCUUCCCAGCAGCCAGCCAGCCUGAGAGGCUCUCCCACCCCCAGCCAGCUUUCUUGCUCUUUCAUAAGCAAAAUGAGUUUUCACCAACCCCCGAGGGAGACCUGCUAAGAGCUGUCUGUCAUCCUCAGUCCUGAUGACGCUACUCUGGGAGACAGCCAUUCCAAGGAAGUCCUAUAAGGUGAGGCCAAGCCUUUCGGGAAAUAGCUGGCAGGGGUGUGUUUUACAGCUCUCCAGACUGCCUAGGAGUUGAUCUGUGACUCACGGAAGGACACUACAAAGAAGUGACUGGAGGUAUCUAGUGCCCUGGCCAGAGGAAGCGGUGAUGAAGACUUGCACGUGCAUAUACCACUUUCUUGUCUUGAACUGGUACGUCUUCCUCAAUUACUACAUCCCACGUCAUGGAAAGGACCAGAAGCAAUAUAAAAUAUUUCAGGAUGGUGCCCAGUGGAAGUACUUGACACUUCUUAAUCUGUUCUUGCAGGCCUUUUUCUUUGGGGUCGCCUGCCUGGAUGAUGUGCUAAAAAGAAUCAAAGGAAGAAAAGACAUUAAGUUCAUCACCGCCUUCAGAGACCUGCUGUUCACCACCUUGGCUUUUCCCGUGUCCACAUUUGUAUUUUUGGUAUUCUGGACCAUCUUUCUCUAUGAUCGAGAGCUCGUUUACCCCAAGGUCCUAGAUGACAUCUUUCCAGUAUGGAUGAAUCACGCAAUGCACACCUUCAUAUUGCCCUUCACGCUGCUUGAAGUCAUCCUCAGGCCACACCACUAUCCAUCCAAGAAGACAGGAAUCAUGUUGUUGGCUGCUGGGACUCUUGCUUACACUAGCAGGGUCCUGUGGAUCUACUCUGAGACUGGUAGGUGGGUGUACCCCAUGCUUGGAAAACUCAGCCCCCUGGGUCUCGCAGCCUUCUUCUCCUCCAGCUACUUCUUGAGUGUCAGCAUCUACCUCCUUGGAGAGAAGAUCAACCGCUGGAAAUGGGGUGACAUGAUGCAGCCAUGGAUGAAGAGGAAGUGAUUACACACCAUUUUCCAAAAAUCAAGGAGGAAGAAAACAUGAGAGAUUUUUUCUCGUCAGCAUUAUUAUUAUUCUUUCUGUGGGGGAGGUGAUAGAAGAACAUAGGAAUGUAGAAGGGACAGAGGUUGAUAUUUAAAUUUAAUCAGAAGUUAUGAAGAUAGAUUAAUUUGAGGAUUCUUGGUUCUUUGAAAGUUUAUACAUGCCCAGAACAACUGCUUCCCAUCUCAGAAUUUGUUAACUUUGCCUGACCUUCACAGAGGAUGAUGGUUUCUGGGUCAAAAUAUGGCCAAAGGUCAAAGAAUCACACAUAAACUUCAUGUUAAAGAAUACUUAGAGAAAGGGAGAGGAACUUAGGAUCAUCCAAACUCUUCACUUUCCAAAGGAGGAUGGUGAGGAUCCAGAUGAGAAGUUACCUGCAUCAAAGAAUCUAAAUGAAGAUAAGGCCUUCUAUCACCCAGAUCUCCUAACUUCCAGUUCUGGGCCAUUUUCCAAAAUCUCUUUUUCUCUAAAAAAUAAGUAUUUUAGUAAGGUAGUUAUGUUCAUGGAUUUCUCUCUCUGUAUUUUUUUUUUUUUUCUUCUUGAUUUAGAAAUGUAGGGAGGAGGUUGCUACCAAAGUUGUCUGUCUACCUGGUAACACAGCAAAUUAGUUGGGGCAAUAAGAAAAUAAGUUAUUAGCUAUUGGGAAAUUGGUCCUUUUUGGAAACAAACUUUUGGGGCAAGAAUAAAUUGUGAACAUAA